AUGAAAAAAUACUAUGACAAUGCUGUGAUAAGAUCUAAUGUGCCUACUCCUAUAAAAGACAAUUUAUUAUCCGAUGAUUCCCCUCAACAAAGUACGUUUGAAGCAUCUACAUCAGCAACUACAGUUGAACUCUCUACAUUUCCAGCAGAACCAUCUACAUCAACGCUCCAACCAUCCAAAUCUACAGUCGAAGCAGCAACAUUAGCACCCCAACCAUCUACAUCUACACUUCAAUCAUGUACAUCUACGUCAGAAACUCAUCUAAUUGCCAAUGAUGAAGCCAAUAUCGCUGAUUCCCCAAGUACGCCUGUGGACAAUAUCGACGAAAAUUCCGAAGUUAAUCCAAAAAUUUGUAUUUUUUGUGACAAAAAACUUGAAAAAACACACAAGGACAACGACAACCUCUUCCUCAAGUAG